AAUUUCAGGAAACAAUGUUCCAGUACUCAGUGUUAUUAUUCACAUUAUUCCAUAUCUUAUCGGAAUCCAGUAGAAUUCUCGAAAUGAUGCAAAGUAUAGCAAUUCGAGGACAGCUGAAAUGCGGUCAGAAAAAUGUGGUCAACACAAAAGUUGUUUUAGGCAUAGAUAUCGAAUUCGUGGAUGAGCAGAUUUUGGCGAUUGCUAGAACAAACAUAACGGGAUGGUUCGAGUUGAAAGCAACUAUUAUAUCAGCAGAUAAUGUUAGACCGUUCCUUCAUGUCUAUAUUAGCCCGUCCAGCGGAAUCAAGUGUCGUCAACGUUACAAACAACUGAUACCACAUGAAUUCAUAACAAAGUAUGGUCGACCAGAACUAUGGUACGAUGCCGGUAUCGUUGACUUACAGGAGGUUUGUGUAAAACUGCCAGAUGAAACAAGCUGCCUGAACAAAGACGAUUCCUCCUUCGAGAUAACGGAGAGCCUUGAGAAAGAUACAAACACUCUUUACUAACU